CUCCGGGCGCGAUGCAGAGAGCCGGAGGCGGCGGCGCUCCCGGGGCCAGCGGCGGGGGCGGCGGGGUCCCAGGCACUGCCUUCUCCAUCGACUCCCUGAUCGGGCCGCCGCCGCCGCGCUCUGGCCACUUGCUCUACACCGGCUACCCCAUGUUCAUGCCCUACCGGCCGCUCGUGCUGCCGCAGGCGCUGGCCCCGGCGCCGCUGCCCGCCGGCCUCCCGCCCCUCGCCCCGCUCGCCUCCUUCGCCGGCCGCCUUACCAACACCUUCUGUGCGGGKCUGGGCCAGGCCGUGCCCUCGAUGGUGGCGCUGACCACCGCGCUGCCCAGCUUCGCCGAGCCGCCCGACGCCUUCUACGGGCCCCCGGAGCUCGCCGCCGCCGCCGCUGCCGCCACUGCCACGCGAAACAACCCGGAGCAGGGCGGCCGACGCCCGGAGGGCGGGCUGGAAGCCGACGAGCUGCUGCCGGCCCGGGAGAAAGUGGCAGAGCCCCCGCCGCCCCCGCCUGCGCACUUCUCAGAGACUUUCCCAAGUCUGCCGGCAGAGGGGAAGGUGUACAGCUCAGACGAGGAGAAGCUGGAGGCCCCAGCGGGAGACCCAGCAGGCAGCGAGCAGGAGGAGGAGGGCUCAGGCGGUGACAGCGAGGACGACAGUUUCCUGGACAGUUCUGCAGGGGGCCCUGGGGCUCUUCUGGGACCUAAACCGAAGCUAAAGGGAAGCCUGGGGACUGGAGCUGAGGAGGGGACACCGGUGACCACGGGGGUCAGUGCCCCCGGGGGGAAAAGCCGGCGGCGCCGAACGGCCUUCACCAGCGAGCAGCUCCUGGAACUGGAGAAGGAGUUCCACUGCAAGAAGUACCUGAGCCUGACGGAGCGCUCCCAGAUCGCCCACGCCCUCAAGCUCAGCGAGGUGCAGGUCAAGAUCUGGUUCCAGAACCGCCGGGCCAAGUGGAAGCGCAUCAAAGCCGGCAACGUGAGCAGCCGUUCUGGGGAGCCUGUCAGGAACCCCAAAAUCGUUGUGCCCAUACCUGUGCACGUCAACAGGUUCGCUGUGCGCAGCCAACACCAGCAAAUGGAGCAGGGGGCCCGGCCCUGA